UUGCUAAUUCACUGCCAUUCCUCAUUCAUCUCUGGUUGAUGCAACUACCAAAGAGAGAGAGAGUGAGAGUGGGAGAGACAUUAGUAGAGCUGCCCUUGACCUUGACCUGAAGACUACUUCUCUUUCUCUUUCUCUUUCAGGACUCAACUCAAGAGAGAGAGAGAGAGAGAGAGAGAGAAAAUCCAAAGAGCUCCGUCUUUCCCUCGUCUGUGUCGCCAUGAUCUCGUUGAAUGGAAGCAGUUUUCUGAACAACUCGCUUGUUGGAGUUUCGAGAAGUUUAUCGCAAUCACAGAGAAGAGUCCAUGCUCCUCCAGUGGUGGUAGUCGCGGCUUCAAACCCGAAUGGAAGGCCAGGGGAACGAAACGUCACCGUAUUGAUGGAGAGCUCUCUGAAAGAGAUGAGGGAUGGUUCUUCAGUGGACCCCAUAUCCACUGUCGGUGGUGGGGUUGAUGACGUGUACGGUGAAGAUAGAGCCACGGAGGAUCAUCCUGUAACCCCUUGGACUGUCUCUGUUGCAAGUGGGUAUUCAUUGUUGCGGGAUCCACACCACAACAAAGGGCUCUCUUUCUCUGAGAAAGAGAGGGAUGCCCAUUUCUUGCGUGGUCUUCUUCCCCCAGUAGUUAUUUCCCAAGAACUUCAGAUCAAGAAAAUGAUGCACAAUUUCCGCCAAUAUCAAGUACCACUGCAGAGGUACAUGGCCAUGAUGGAUCUUCAGGAGAUGAAUGAAAGGCUGUUCUACAAACUUUUGAUUGACAAUGUUGAGGAGCUGCUACCAGUUGUGUACACUCCAACAGUUGGUGAGGCAUGCCAAAAAUAUGGGUGCAUCUUCAAGCGUCCCCAGGGUCUUUUUAUUAGUUUGAAAGAAAAGGGAAGAAUUCUCGAGGUACUGAAAAAUUGGCCUCAGAGGAAAAUUCAGGUUAUUGUUGUCACUGAUGGGGAGAGGAUUUUGGGUCUUGGGGAUCUUGGCUGCCAGGGGAUGGGGAUACCUGUAGGGAAGCUUUCCUUGUAUACGGCACUUGGAGGGAUUCGUCCAUCAGCUUGCUUGCCUAUAACCAUUGAUGUGGGAACAAACAACGAGAAUUUGUUGAACGAUGAGUUUUACAUUGGACUCAGACAAAGAAGGGCAACUGGGCAGGAAUAUGCUGAACUUCUGCAUGAAUUUAUGACUGCAGUCAAGCAGAACUAUGGGGAGAAGGUCCUCAUUCAGUUUGAAGACUUCGCAAACCAUAACGCUUUUGAUCUGCUUGCAAAGUAUGGCAAUACACAUCUUGUUUUCAAUGAUGACAUACAGGGGACAGCAUCCGUGGUCCUUGCAGGGCUUAUGGCAGCAUUAAAGUUAGUUGGGGGAACCUUAGCUGAGCACACAUUUCUGUUCCUUGGAGCAGGAGAGGCUGGCACUGGCAUUGCAGAACUCAUAGCUCUGGAGAUGUCAAAACAGACUGAUGCCCCAUUAGAAGAAAGCCGCAAGAAGAUAUGGCUUGUUGACUCAAAGGGUUUGAUUGUCAAUUCCCGAAUGGAAACACUUCAACAAUUUAAGAAGCCCUGGGCCCAUGAACAUGAACCUGUUGAAGAACUUGUUGAUGCUGUUAAGGCAAUCAAGCCAACAGUGUUGAUUGGAUCUUCAGGAGCUGGAAGAACAUUCACAAAAGAAGUAAUUGAGGCUAUGGCAUCCUUCAAUGAGAAACCCAUCAUUCUUGCCCUCUCCAAUCCAACUUCACAAUCUGAAUGUACUGCCGAAGAAGCUUAUACAUGGAGUCAGGGUCGUGCCAUUUUUGCAAGUGGGAGCCCAUUUGGCCCUGUUGAAUACAAUGGGAAGGUUUAUGUUUCUGGCCAGGCAAAUAAUGCAUACAUUUUUCCUGGGUUUGGUCUGGGUUUGAUAAUCUCUGGUGCAAUCCGUGUUCACGAUGACAUGCUUCUGGCAGCUUCGGAAGCUCUAGCAGCUGAGGUAUCACAGGAUAACUUCGACAAGGGGCUCAUAUACCCACCAUUUAGUAAUAUCAGAAAGAUUUCCGCUCACAUUGCUUCCGAGGUUGCUGCUAAAGCUUAUGAACUUGGUUUGGCUACUCGUCUCCCUCAACCUGAAAAUUUGGUCGCAUAUGCUGAGAGCUGCAUGUAUAGCCCCAGUUAUCGAAGCUAUCGGUGAAUUAGAUUAAGUUUUGCAACUCCAAAGAGUUCAUCAUAAUGUUGUCUUUUACCAUGUCGCUUUUGUCAUUCCUGUCAUUUAUUUUAUUUUAUUUAAAUUUUAUACUUGUUUUAUUCAGACUUGCGAAUCAUGUGUAUUAUGGGAUAGGUCAAAAGGAUGUUGGGAAUUGCUAUAUAGUGACGGUCAAAUUUAGCUUGAGAAA